CCCAGCAGCGGUCCCGCCCCGCCGCGCCCCGCCCCGGAAGCGUUUCUAGGUGACGGCCGCCCCGGCCCGGCUGCGGCUGAGCGGGCACUGCUAUGGAGCACAUCCGCACCACCAAGGUAGAGCAAGUGAAAUUACUGGAUAGGUUCAGCACGAGCAAUAAGUCACUGACGGGAACUCUAUACCUUACAGCAACUCAUCUGUUAUUCAUAGAUUCAAGCCAGAGAGAGACGUGGAUUCUACAUCAUCACAUCGCUGCAGUAGAAAAACUUCCCUUGACUACUUCAGGCUGCCCGCUUGUCAUCCAGUGCAAGAACUUCAGGAUAGUUCAUUUUGUCGUUCCCAGAGAAAGGGAUUGUCAUGACAUCUACAACUCUUUGCUUCAGCUGUCAAGAACAGCAAAAUAUGAAGAACUGUACGCUUUCUCCUAUAAUCCAAAACAAAAUGAAGCUGAGCAAGUCAAAGGUUGGCAGCUUAUUGAUCUAGCAGAAGAAUACAAGAGAAUGGGAGUGCCAAAUGCUAACUGGCAAUUGUCCGAUGCAAAUCGUGAUUAUAAGAUUUGUGAAACCUAUCCUAGAGAACUUUAUGUUCCCAGAACUGCAAGCAAGCCCAUAAUUGUUGGUAGCUCCAAGUUCAGAAGCAAAGGAAGAUUUCCAGUGUUGUCAUAUUAUCAUAAAAAUAAAGAGGCUGCAAUUUGCAGGUGCAGUCAACCUCUCUCAGGUUUCAGUGCCAGGUGCCUGGAAGAUGAACACAUGUUGCAAGCCAUCAGUAAAGCAAAUCCUUUAAAUCGCUACAUGUAUGUCAUGGACACCAGGCCAAAGCUUAAUGCAAUGGCAAACAGAGCUGCUGGGAAGGGCUAUGAGAAUGAGGACAACUACUCUAACAUUAGGUUCCAGUUUGUUGGCAUUGAAAAUAUUCAUGUAAUGAGAUCCAGCUUACAAAAACUUCUGGAAGUCUGUGGCACAAAAGGUUUGUCUGUCAAUGACUUUUUGUCUGGUCUGGAGAAUUCUGGAUGGUUGCGUCACAUCAAAGCUGUGUUGGAUGCUGCUGUCUUCUUAGUCAAGGCAAUAGCGGUUGAGAGUGCCAGUGUAUUAGUGCACUGCUCUGAUGGCUGGGAUAGGACUUCCCAAGUUUGUUCUCUUGGAGCUCUCUUACUAGAUUCCUAUUAUAGAACAAUCAAAGGAUUUAUGGUCUUGAUAGAGAAAGACUGGAUCUCUUUUGGGCACAAGUUCUCUGACAGGUGUGGUCAGUUGGAUGGUGAUCCAAAAGAGAUCUCACCAGUGUUCACCCAGUUUUUAGAAAGUGUGUGGAAUCUGACUGAGCAGUUUCCACAAGCCUUUGAGUACAAUGAAGCUUUCCUCCUUCAGAUCCAUGAACACGUCCAUUCAUGCCAGUUUGGUAACUUCCUUGGAAACUGUCAAAAAGAGCGAGAAGAACUUAAGUUAAAAGAGAAGACAUAUUCCUUGUGGCCGUUCCUUCUGAAUGAACAAAAGAAAUACCGGAAUCCUCUGUAUAAUCCAGACUUUUCUCCAGAACUGACUCUUUUGGAGCCUAAUACAGUAUCAUUCAAUUUUAAGUUUUGGAGAAAUAUGUACCAUCAGUUUGAUCGAAGUAUGCAUCCCAGGCAAUCUGUGCUCAAUCUUAUAAUGAACAUGAAUGAACAAAAUAAACAACUAGAAGAAGACAUUAAAGAACUGGAAGCUAAAAUAAAGCAGAGAAGUGGGCAGUCAGAUGCAGUCCUUGGGAAGGAACAUCAGCAGUCUGCUCAUCCUGCACCCAUGGCACUGAAGACCCCUCCAUCCUUCAAAGAGCAGCCGCUGAUCCCAGUGAAUGAUGCUGUGAGAACUAUAGAGGGCAGCAACACAGCAGACAAUCGCUACAGUGAAUUUGUGGCAGAGUUCUCAAAAGCUGAGCCUGCUGUUGUCAGCUUGGAGUAUGGAGUGGCCAGGAUGACCUGCUAAUUAAAAUCCUGCACUGUGUUCCUCUUCUAGACUGAUUGAAUUAAGAGAUGGAUCAUGUUGAGGAUGGGUCUGUGCUGCAUGACCAAAACAUGAUUUGUAUAUUGGCAAGUUUUUUCAAUGUAGACUAGAACAGCAUGCUAGUUGUCAAGUGGUUGCUGUUCUCUUAAGGAAAAAAAAGUUCAGUUGUCUUAAAAGAAAUGAGGGCAUUUGGUGAGUAGUGACUAAAAAUCAAGGAAUGGUAUGUCUUUGGACUUUGUCUCUGGACAAGUCGGUUUGCACUAAAUUGAUUAAAAUAGUAAUAUUACUUUAUUCAGUAUGGGAAAACAGGUGGUCUUUCACAAAUUGAUUUUAUUUGGGCAAGAAAACUUGAACUUUCUAUUUUAGGAACUGAAACUACAUGUAUAUACUAGCAUAUGAUAUGAGUAUGUAUACCCUUGUUUAAUGUCACCCAGUACUAACUUUCAGUGUAUUAAGUGCCAUGGAAAAGUAUGAUAUAUUUCAGAUCAUAAAAAGUUGGCCUUAAACCUGUCAGAUCAAUGAUAUUGCCCUUUACUACUGCAGUCUACCUGGCUCUGUUUACAUUGCAUUUGCUCAAAUUGUUACUUCCUGAAAACAGGACUGAAUAUAAGGAAUGAAGUACGCCUAAGCUGGCACAGCCUUUCAGCAAAUAGCUGUAUGAAUGUUAAUGUAUCACUGAGGACUUUUUUCUUAGUUUCCUCUGUUGUUUAAAAUAUAAUGAUUGGCCUGAUUAUUUUUUUUUUUUCCCCUUUCUGGCAGCUCAGUAGAUUGAGUAUUGUUGAAGUUACAGGUUGUCUGAUCUUAAAUUUUUUGAUUUGUGGCAAGGUAUUUUAAAUGUAGAGUAAAAAGAGUGAAACACAUCAUGUAAGAUAAAUAAGCCAAUAGCCGACUAGUCAGGUUCAUUCAGUUUGUUUACUAUGUACUGUGCAGUUGUUCAAGUUGCAAGAAUGGAAACAGAAGUUUUGGAAGUGUAGUCUAUUGACACUUUUGCCAAGUUAGUCAUUUAUGUGUCCAAAGCUCAUGAGAAACUGAGUGCCUCCUAAAUCUUUCACUAGAAAAAAAAUUUUAGUUGUUAUUGAAACACCCUUCUCGUCUUGUAAAAACUUGUCCAUCUAUGCAUAUUUGAAGUAAUUUCAGUACAUUGUGGAGGUUUUUUAUGUAAUUGGAGAGAGGACAAAAACUUCUAGAAGCAUGAAGUAGAGAUCAUGGGACACAAACUUAAAGUUUGUGAGUUCCCCCUUUUUUUCUUAACUAUAUAUCUGUAACCUUCUAGUAAGGGAAAAGGUUGUUGCUGAAGUUUGUCUCAUGAUGAAGUUUAUGAGCAGAUUACAGAACAGGGAAGAAAAAUGCUGGUGGCCAUUUCUAAAACAGAGGUAUAAAUUACAACUUUGGGUAUUAAGGUGCCUAGGUAUGAUGAUAGAUUAAUGCUACUGACCUUUUAGCUCUAGAUUUAAAUCUUUUUUUGGUUACAAGUGAAAAUUAGUUUAUUCUCAUUCUAAUCCCUGAAGUCUGCUUUGUUAAAAUUACUAGUUUGCCACACAAUUUAACAUAAUUGGCAGUGUUUCCCUCUGCACCAUAUUGGAUCCAGGACUCGUAUUUACAAGGCCAGUAUGGGUCAUGAUCAAGUUGCUCUUGUGAAGCUGUCUGGGAGAAAUUAACUGUGACUCCUGUAUCUGAUUAGUAAUUCACCCAUUUCACUGAUUUGUUUUUUUAAAAGCCUAUAAGUGUAAAUAAAUGUUCCUAAGUAUUUUUAUUCCCAAAGAUACGACCAUAGUGUCAUCUUUAAAAUACACUAUCCAGUCAUUUAAACAUGCUUAGAAUUUCUCCACUACAAGUUUUGAUAGUUUCACAUUUGCACAGUGGUGCCUUACAGGGUCGCAGCAAGAGAGGUUUUUGUGCCUUGUUAUUUAUUGUCUCCCCUUCUCCCACACUUCUGUAUCAACUUAGUUCUGUGGUUUUCCUUGGGAAAAACAUCUUAUGUAUAUUAAGCUUGUAUUGUAUCACAGUAGUGAAACCAACUUAUCGCUGGCAAUAUAGGUAAGUGUUAAUAAUUUGUAUGUACUUGUUUUAAUAUUUAGCUGCUCUGGUGUGCCAUGUAAACUUUUCAUAUUUAUUGUUUAGAGUUUAUAGACUCAAAAGAUUAUAUUAAGCCUUUUUGCAAAUACUGUUGUAUGUUGUUUUUACUUUAACAGCCAUCUGAGUGCCCCUGUAUACAAGGCUUUUGAAGAGAUGUGUUCCCUCUCAGUACUGUUAAAGUGAGUUUACUUUGGUCCUCAGGCCCUUUUUAUGGGCAGAGUUUGCUUCUGAGCGAAAGGAAUCGGGAUGCGUUUUUAUUUAAAUCAAGGUAGGCAUGUUAGGUCAGCUUUGAAAUGCCAUAAUACUAUCUGCUCAGGCAUAGAACCUGUUUCUUCGUCAAGAAAUACCAUACUUCUUGAUCUGAAGUAAGUAUUUUACUCCAGUUAAUAUGCGCAUAGAGCUUUAUAAGGCUGUUUUGUAGAGCAGCCUUCUUAAAAAGUCCAGAUAGCUCUGCCAACUCGGCCCCCAGGGUCACCAGCGAGAAAAGUUCCUGCAGAGAGGCAGCUGUCUCUUCUCAUUUGUUGUUUAGGCUUAAGCCAAAAACUACCUAAAGCACAUGGGACCUGUGGUGAAGUAAAUAGAUAGUAGCAAAGUGAGCUUCAGCAGAAAGCUUGGCAGGAUGGCCAGGACUCAGCAGGGUGGGGCUGUUCUGUGUCCUUCAAGAAGGGUUUAAAAAACAUCAAGCAAGCUGACUGAAAAAAAAACUGGCAGAAGCCUUCUAGGAGCAGAAAGAAUUUUAAUUAUUUCAGUGGAUGAGCUUUUCUUCAUAAUGAACGUGCUGCUCCAAGAGCAGUUAGAGCACUGAAAGGUGCCUGGUACGAUCAAAAUAAUGCACAGAACUCUCACGCUGCAGCAUUACUGUGUUGUUGGUACACUCACCAAGUUGCUUGGGAAUAUAAUGUCCCAGAUAAAAGUUGCUAGAGUUGAUUCUGCUCUGUUGCUUGCAAGGCUUUGACACCUGUCAGUUCUGUGCUUCACCUUGAGAAGGUCUUGGUAAAGUCCUUGGGUUUCUGUGUUUUGUGCUGUAGUUGAUCUUUUUUUCCAGUCAGAGUGCUAUAAAAGAGAAAUAUUUCCUUUUAAUUAACCAAGCCGAUAGUCUCACCUGAGCAACUACAACUGGUUUCACUUUGUACUCCAGACAAUUUAAAAUAUUUAUUUCACUAGUACAGAAAGAGGUGGGUUUAUUUUUAAGAGGCUUGCUAUUACUGUAAUAUAUUCUUCAAUACAAGUUUAAAUAUCCAACUGUUCUCUUUUGUAGGACAACUGCCAAAUCAACAGACUAAGAAAUUAAUUAAGCAACACUGAACUGAGUGUGUGCAUUUUCCACACAUGUCCAAUUACUAGUGACCUAAAUCUAGGGCAAAAGCCUGAAGUCUGGAGAGUCCAUUUAGAGAAUUGGAACAGCAACCCUUCCACAGGGAUGUGCGGUUUUAUGUAGAGCAAAUGCUCUAAUGUAAUGUUGUUUUAGAGGGAAAGCUAUUACAAAUAAAACUGUGACAAUUUGUGUCCCGUCCUCAGGAUAAGCAAGUGUGCUGGAGAAGGCCUUGCUUGGAAAGGUGUGGUGGUCUUCCUCUGUAGCUGCUGUUUUCCUAAGGCCUUUUGGUGAAGUAACACGUCAGCAAAUCUCUGAGAAUUUGCUACUCCCAUUCUGGUAAACUAAGCGCAUACCUAGAUGCACGGUUGGGCUGAAGUGGGCUGGGGUACCUUGGCUUCACCACCAUCCACUUAAGGAAGUGACACAAACAAUACAAAGAAAUUCAGUGUUAAAAUAGCACAGGGCACACGCUAUCAGCAGCUGUUCUUUAGAGUCCUGCCCUGCUCUUGAGCAAAUACAGCUAGCACGAGGGCCUCGCAUAAGUGUGAUGGCUGCUUUCUAGUUAGUGUAAAGAUAAUCUGAUUUCAAACUAGAUCAUCCCUCCGCAGUGGUAACUAUAGAUCUCUAGGUCAGAGCCUAAAGGUUGCUCUUAAAACUCUUUAGUUGCUAAUAGUUCUAAACCUGUAGCUGAUCAUAGUCUAAGUAUACUGGUUGUGAAACCUAUAUUAACCUUUAGGAUUAGAGCUGUAGAUUAGACUGAAGUUUGCUUUGACUUGCUUUUGCCACUUAGGCCACACUUCCCUCCAACUGCUGCUUACUGUGGUGCCUGGUAUCUGUGAGAUGUGACAGGUGGCUUAAUGCUCUGGAUGUUUCAAAAAGCUGGAAGUACUGCAACUUCCUUCCACUAUUCUGAAAGCUUGGAUCUGCCUUACUGAACAGUGUGGGUGAGCUCAUGUUUGAUCUAGCUAGCUUGACCUGCCUGCAUGUUAAAUAGCAUUGAAAACCAGCAUGGUGCAACUUCUGUAUGUGCCAUAGGCUUAAGGAAAAGGAUGUGGUUGGAGACCCUUGUCACAGCAUGUAGCAAGGAACAGGACCCUGCUGGAGUACGACUCAAUAAAGGAGAAGCUGUAGAGCUGUUUUGAUGUCCAGCAGCAGCUCAGGGUCCUGAGGUGGAAGGUCAGAGGCAUGCUGCUCCUGAGGUCACUUUCCAGGUCCCAGAGAAUUCGGUGACCUGGUCUAUUAAACAGUUGUAGCUGAACAACUCUGCAGUGGCAUCAGGCAAGAGGAAAUGUACAUCUGAGUCUGUGUUUCUUAACCUACUGGCUUCAAGUAAUAAAUGUCCUGGUGGUAACUUUGAACUUGCGGUGCAGUAUUUUCUUUAUCCUUGUUUAUAGGUUUAACUCUUGAGGUCAGUUGUAUACUGUUUAUAAUUAAGUAGGAUUAUAGUUUUUGACACACACUAUAAAAGCGUUUUCCGUUUUAAUGACAAGGUUAAUGUGUACAUACAUGCAGAGAUACAAAGCACCAGAUAUUUCUGCUGAGUGCUUUUCUUGCAAGUAGGCAGCCUUGGCGAAGGCCCAUGCUGCCCCACAAGGACAUUUCUUAUGACCUAGCAUUACAGAUUGGUUUCCUUGCUCUGUCUUACUGUUGCUCUUCAGUCUUACAGUUCAUCCUUGUGGCUGGCUGUCAGCAAUGUCCCUUGACAAACAUCUUUCCAGCAACGAAAAUGGGUUGAUUUGUUUUUCUGUGUCAUUUUUACCCCUGGACUAGUGAACUUGGAAAAAUACCACUUAUUUUCCCUUUCAGGGCUUUUGAGUGCCUGGUGAUUUCCACAGGCGGUUUACUUAAACAAUUUAACUUCAGAUCUGGCUAUUUUAAAAAAAAAAUAAAAAUAAAAAAAUUCAAUUGUUGGAUGUGGUGAAGGGAAAGAAAACUGUCUUCAUUGUCAUGUAUCUGGAAAGUGGCUGUUUCACUAGCAUUUAUUGCUCUAUGUAACAUUCCCUGUAAAAACCAUUUAUCUUUGUGCUGGGAUCAUGCUUGAUAUAUAUUCCUGAAGAAACUUUAGCAAAUGGAAUUUUGUAAUAAGUAUUUGUCUGUGUUUUGAAAAUCCAUAAAGCUUAAAAUAAAAUGAACUUAAUAUUGCCAAUCUAA